CUUGGCCAGUUAGCCGGUCAAGCUAGCAAGACAGUGUUUUAAGCUGGACGCUGUUCUUCUGAACUGCUGAAGAAGAUUUAAAUCUCUAAGUAGUUCCGGCUGUGAGGCGAAUCACAGGGUUGUGUUAAUGCGCGCUGUCGUUUCUAUAGUAACGAGUCCUUCAGUGUGGCUCCACGUUGUUUAGAUCUGAUGCUGAGCUCCAGAGGGAAUGGAUCCUGCUGCUAGGGUUAGAUCAUCUAAGGAACUGAAGAUUCAGAAAGCAGAGAGUGAAAAGGUAAAAACAUCACUUGGUGUAUAUACUUAUAUAUAUAUAUAUUGCCGCAAACCGGCACCAACUCCGAGCCACAUGUCUGUGCUUGGUGUUUCUCAGGGUCCACAGUGUGUCCCAAGGCCUCGGAGUGAACAGACAAACCCAUGCAGCGGAGAGCAGAAUAUUAACCCUGCUCAGAUUCAACCCAAACCCCAACCAGCAGAGAGUCAGUUCAUACCUGCUCACACUGCCGCAGAGUGUGUUGAACCCACAGAGCCCAAGCAGGAUAAGGAGAACUCAAAACAUGCCAGUGAGAUGACUAAUGCGUCCAACACUGAGAAGACGCCAUGGACUCUGGAGAACUUUGACAUCGGCAGGGCUCUCGGGAAGGGCAAGUUUGGAAGCGUGUACUUGGCCAGAGAGAGACAGACCAAGUUCAUCCUGGCCCUGAAGGUGCUUUUUAAGAAGCAGUUGGAGAAAGCCGGCGUGGUGCACCAGCUGAGGAGAGAGGUGGAGAUCCAGUCACAUCUCAGGCAUCCCAACAUCCUGCGCCUGUACGGCUACUUCCACGACUCCGCCCGAGUCUACCUCAUCCUGGAGUUUGCUCCUAAAGGAGAGCUGUAUGGAGAACUGCAGCGCUGCAGGACGUUUAAUGAUCAGCGCAGUGCCACGUAUAUAAUGGAGCUUGCUGAUGCUCUGUACUACUGCCAUUCAAAGAAAGUCAUUCACCGAGACAUUAAACCUGAGAAUCUGUUAUUGGGAGCAAAUGGUGAACUGAAGAUUGCAGACUUCGGGUGGUCUGUCCACACUCCAUCCUCGAGGAGGUCUAUGCUAUGCGGCACGCUUGACUAUCUUCCUCCAGAGAUGAUCGAGGGCAAAACCCACGAUGAGAAAGUGGACCUCUGGAGCCUGGGUGUUCUCUGUUAUGAGUUUCUGGUCAGGAAUCCUCCUUUUGAGACGAAGAGCCAUGAAGAAACGUACCGUAAAAUCUCCAGGGUUGAGUUCAGUUAUCCAUCCCACGUGAGCGAGGGUGCUAGAGAUCUGAUCAACAGGCUGUUGAAACACAACCCGAUGCACCGACUUCCCAUCCAAGGAGUCCUGACUCAUCACUGGGUUGUGGAAAACUCCACCAAGAAGCCGACUACUUUCACUCGAGCCACUAAAGAGUCUCCGUGA